AUGCAGCUCACCUCUGUGACACUGUCAUCGUCAGCAUGGGUGAGCCGCCAUUUAUCAUCGUGGAACACUUCGUCGCCUGCGCUGUUCAAGACAUUCUCUAAUACAAUCAAGAUCAGUCUGUCAUCCAUUGAAGAGUCACCUGCACCGAAGAAAAAUGAGAUGCCAAGCUUCUUCAUGGAGAUGCUGAAAGCGGGCGCUUCUUCCUUUGUUGCACCUGCUCGCGCUGUGUGA